CUAAAGACAAGGUCAUUUCUGUAUUGUUUUAAGUACAACUUUUGGGGGGCAAAAGCAAAACCCUUCAGCGGUCCCUGAGUCCCUGUUAUGUGCCACAAUUGCUUUACAAUCAGUUUUCCAGGCUGAACUAAUAAGCAAUUUUUAUUGGUUUUUACGUUGGUUCAAAACUUCGUGAGCAAUUUGUUUACUUUUUUUAUAAAACCUGCUAAUGUUUACGCGCCAACUUGCCCACGUGCAGUCUGCAAUGUUGUUUUCGACACCCGCUGGAAUGAGUCAUAAAAUAUUCUAACUUCCGUGUCUGGAAUCGCCUGUGGUUUCCUGAUCCGAGCAAUCCGCGUCUUCACUUGCUUCAAACUUGAAACUUUCGAGAUUUCUACGGAAAUAUUGCCAGGAAAAGCCUCCAGGAAUAGACUUGAAAGUUAUCCUAUAUGCUUGCAGGUGGAAGCUAAAAUGGUCAUUAGAGGCUGCUGUGCGCUAAAACGAGGCUUGUUUUCACGCAGGGUAUCGCCUGAAACAUACCUCCCGACGUCAGCCAGUUGCGCUGCAAUGGCCAACGAUCCCAGUGGACACAGUGCAGUCCAAACGAUGAAGGAGAACGAUAACCUCGAUUUGGAAACACGGUUUCGAAAAGAGAUUGCAAAUGGGCAGAAGGAGAAGAAUAAUAAAAACCUUCUUAAGGCUGUUAAACAUUUUCAAGAGUCAUUGCGAAUCGCAGAGAAAUCAAAUCUUGGUUGCUGGGCAACAACACAGGCGUUAUCUGAACUCGGCGCGGCCUACUUUGAUAUGCAGAAUUACGAUAAGGCCCUUGAAACGUUUCUCCGCAUGCGAUGCGAAGCCGAUAAAUCACAUGACUUGAAAGGACUCAAAACAGCCAAUCAUAAUACUGCUACGGUUUACGAUAUUCAAGAAAACCACGUAGAGGCUAUUAAGUAUUACUCUGAAAAGAUCCGCAUCGCUCUUGAAAUUGAUGACGUCACUGAUUUGGAAGCGACGCAUAACGACCUUGCGGAGGCAUAUUUCGCUACAGAUUGUCUUAACGAGGCGGCAGAGAAUUUCCAAAAAGCGUUUGAAUUGGCUGGAGCAAAGAACAGCAAAGUAGAAGAAAGCUUCGCAUGCCGUAGACUAGGUGAUCUGUAUUACAACAAUGGAAAGUACAAAAAGUCUUUGCACUACAAACGCAAGCAACUGAAGUUCGCAGUAGAAUCGGGAGAUACGGCGGAGGAGCUCGAGACUAAUAAAGCAAUAGGGGCUAUUUAUUGCGCUUUAAAGAAUUACCAACAGGCGAAAAAAUAUUACAAAGAGACAUUGCGUAUAGCGAGGACAUUAGGAGACGAGAGAAUUUUAAUGACGGCUGAAGAAGAUAUAGUAAUUUUGAAUAAGAUGCUAAGUACGAACGAAAGUGAACGAGCAAGCAGCGUUAACGGAAGCUCUGCACAGAUGGAGUUGCUUUGGCAUCAACAAGGUUUUGAAUCUCUCAGAAGUUCUGGAAUAGAAGAGGAAGCUAAAAUGGUCAUUAGAGGCUGCUGUGCGCUAAAACGAGGCUUGUUUUCACGCAGGGUAUCGCCUGAAACAUACCUCCCGACGUCAGCCAGUUGCACUGCGAAGGCCAACGAUCCCAGUGGACACAGUGCAGUCCAAACGAUGAAGGAGAGCGAUAACCUCGAUUUGGAAACACGGUUUCGAAAAGAGAUUGCAAAUGGGCAGAAGGAGAAGAAUAAUAAAAACCUUAUUAAGGCUGUUAAACAUUUUCAAGAGUCGUUGAGAAUCGCAGAGAAAUCAAAUCUUGGUUGCUGGGCAACAACACAGGCGUUAUCUGAACUCGGCGCGGCCUACUUUGAUAUGCAGAAUUACGAUAACGCCCUUGAAACGUUUCUCCGCAUGCGAUGCGAAGCCGAUAAAUCACAUGACUUGAAAGGACUCAAAACAGCCAAUCAUAAUACUGCUACGGUUUACGAUAUUCAAGAAAACCACGCAGAGGCUAUUAAGUAUUACUCUGAAAAGAUCCGCAUCGCUCUUGAAAUUGAUGACGUCACUGAUUUGGAAGCGACGCAUAACGACCUUGCGGAGGCAUAUUUCACUACAGAUUGUCUUAACGAGGCGGCAGAGAAUUUCCAAAAGGCGUUUGAAUUGGCUGGAGCAAAGAACAGCAAAGUAGAAGAAAGCUUCGCAUGCCGUAGACUAGGUGAUCUGUAUUACAACAAUGGAAAGUACAAAAAGUCUUUGCACUACAAACGCAAGCAACUGAAGUUCGCAGUAGAAUCGGGAGAUACGGCGGAGGAGCUCGAGACUAAUAAAGCAAUAGGGGCUAUUUAUUGCGCUUUAAAGAAAUACCAACUGGCAAAAAAAUAUUACAAAGAGACAUUGCGUAUAGCGAGGACAUUAGGAGAUGAGAGAAUUCUAAUGACGGCUGAAGAAGAUAUAGUAAUUUUGAAUAAGAUGCUAAGUGCGAGCGAAAGUGAACGAUGAGAUAUAGAAAGCAGGAGCUUAGGGCUAUGCCAGCUGACAGAUGCAAGUAAAGGCCUGGGUUCCAAUCGCUUCAUAAAAUGACGUAACGUGCAGUUAGGGUAGUGAAAGCAAACAAUACCCUCCCAUAUAACAGCUCUAGAAUCUCCAUCCCGGUCACAAAGGGUCACGUAAUAAUUUUCACUAGUAUAGUUUUCACGUAACACAAAACUCAACUUAAGAUGAAGAUUUCUCUCAAAGCAAUUUUUAGAUUUAAUGCCAGCUAAGAAAACUCUAUUUUAUAAAAUAAAAUGAGCUCGGUGCUCUUAUUUAUGAAUAACUGGAGGCUCGGGUUUUCUUAAUAUUGUUUUUAUUUCAGAAUCAAUUUUUCUACUGUAUGAAAUAUAAAAUGUUUCUCAGGCCAGUACAUAAUAGUUUUCCUUUAAUUUUUAGUAACUCGGCAGCUUAUAGAAUCUGCUUCUAUCAUGUCAUCACGACAAAAAAUUUUCAAAAUUGUUCUUAUCUUCUAAGUUUUCACCUGUGGCUCACGCUCUUCUCGUGUUGUGUUGCUAUCCUUCUUAAAUAAUAGACAAAUUGCGCCUCGGUGUUCGUAUGAAGUGUUUUGUUAUAAAAUUGUUGUAACAUAAAAUCAUACUUGGCCAUUAUCCUUCACUCCCUAUAGUAUUGACAAAUUUAUCUUUUGCCUUCCACCAUCUCCCCUUUAAGUUCAUCUCCCGCCGCAUCCCUGCCCAUACGAAUCCUUUACUUAAAAACAUUAGAGACUCUUCUAGAUUCACCUCCCCAAAUAAUCUUUUACUGGAAUGCGAACAUGGCCCUGGGGCAAAAGCGGAGGUCCUCUGUAAGCGAAACAAGCAGAUAGUUGUUGCAAACACGCCCUUUGGAUUAGUUAAAAUCAUCCAUUUGUUUAAAAUGUUUUACUUUUAAAGUAUAUUUUGUCACUUGUAAUUGAUUCCAUUUUAAAACAAAAUUCAUUACUUACGGGGCCCCCUAGACCUUGAGGCCUUGGGCCAGUUUGCCCCCUCCCUUUCCCCUUUCCGGCGGCUCUGAAUGCGAAUCUAGAAGCCGAGCUGUCAAAUAAUGCUAAGCAUGACGAAUUUUUUUAUUUAUAGUUCUGUAUAGUAUAAUGAUUAAGCCGUUUCAGAGGCCUUGUGGUUUCUUAAUCUUUUUAGGAGUAGGUCCCGGAUUUGUAAAAAACAAUAGAAGAUUUAGGCACUGCGGUAAAACGUGUAGUACAAGAUUGAAGCACAAGAUUCGGUUGCAUAUCAGCGUAGAGUAGGCCUACAACCCCGUUCAGACAAUUCACAACAUGAAAAGUUGUAAGUUCCCCUGGAAUGUGCUCUAACCAGGGGGGGGGGAACUUGGUCAAAUAUUGGGGGGCAAGCCUAUUGUUUUAAUCAGAUGACGUCACAUUUCCCAUUGUUUUCGAAAAGAGACCAUUGUCCUCUAAAGUAUUGGGGGCCGUCGCCCCCCUCGCCCCCCAAGUGUCCGCCACUGGCUCUAACUGUGGCACAAUUUGUGUUAGUAUCCCCUCAAACAAUUAGUUAAGAAGUUAAAUCUAACAAGUUGAUACGAACAACUUUUCCAUCGCCCAUCUGCCCCUCUCCAACCCCUCUCCAUCCCCCAUUUCCCCUUAUCACAAGCUUUCCAAUUUCCUUAUCAUAUCACUAUCCAUUCUCAAUAUCCCAAUAAAUUCUCCCCUCCACCCCUUCAUCCGCUCUCAUCUCCAACCUCCUCUCUACUUUCUUAUCCAUCCCCUUUUCCACUACCACUUCGAUCCUCAUCUCCAUCGCCCUCUCCAACUCUUCUCCGCUCCAAUCACUUAUCCGUCACCUAUCCGUUCUCGUCUCCACCUCCUCUUCACGACCUUGUCAAUCCCUUUAUCCAUUCCCCUUUUCAUCCCCCUUCUCAGUCUCUUUCCACCCUCAUCUCCUUGUCCUCUUCCCCCAGAAUAAGCAGAUGUAAACUAUUUCAAAGGACUAUUUCGAUUUACUUUUCUUCUUCUAAUAAAGACAUUUUAUCUUCUAUUCUCCAAUGAAAUUGUGCAACUAUUUCUUCGUUUAAGAUAUAUAUAUAUAUUUGUAGUUAAUUCGUUCUAAAAGACAGAGAGUCUCUAAAUAUUACUGAAUUCAAAACAAACGAAAUAAUUUUUUCUAUUUAUCUGAUGCUAUAGAUAAUGAACCAUAAAAAUAGAAUGGUGUUUAUUUUUUCUGGCUUUAAUCUUCGGAAAUCAUUGAAAAUAUUGGCAAAGAAUCAAGAGUAACAGAAGCAUUAUUUCUGAUUUGAUGUUUCUUGAAUUGAGAACAUGUAUUGUUUUUUCAAUGCAUCCUGUACAAUUUCUUACAUUAAAAAGCUUUGAAGAGCGACUAGGCCCCCUCUAGAAAUUUCCAAUACCUGAAGCCCAUACUUCGUGGGCACCGGCGUAGCAGAGGCCCUGGUUAAACAAGACAACUUUCUUGCAGAGGAUCUAGCCAGCGGUGAAGCCAAAAUAAUUUUUAGAGGGGUAAAGAAGUGCUUUUCGCCGAAAAAGGCGUGUCCUACUCUUAAAGGGUGUGGCCAAAAGAUUGCUGCUUUUAUGUGUUUCUGUUUCAAAGUUCAUACUUUAGUGCCAUAUUUUGAAAGUUAAACUACAACAGAAAUGUUAAUAUUUUACAAUUGUUACGAAAAGGUUACUGGGUUGCCAGGUGAAAAUCUAUAAUGUGCCGAUGCUAACGGACAAAGUGUUGGGCGACGCUUCUGAAUCUAACAGUGCACAUGUACAAAAAUGCCCUGGGGUGGAACUAGGACUCAAAAAACCUGUGUUAACUAUUUAUAGAGUCUUGCCCGAUGAAUAUUUUUCAAUUAGUGUUUCAAUUGGACUUUUGGUAUGAUAGUUUGAUCAUGUUUCGCGAUAUUUUAUUCCAUUGAGAUUUUCAGAAUUAGUAAACGCACCAUAUUGUAAUACACGAAAGGUUGUCAUUUGAAAACUAUGGGGGAAUGUUCAUUGGAAAAGCAGAGUUACCUAUGUUUUCAUUAUUGGUAUCCUGGGUACCAGACUCACUUUGAUUCUGGUUCCCAGGGUACAUUUUUGGUAGAAAUAUUUGGAGAAAAGUAACGAAUUAAGAAACCAGUAGAGGUGCCAGCCAACAGUGGACCAAAUCUAGAACCCCCGGUAAGACCUUUGUACUGUUAGAAGUGCCCUCUAAUCUACAGGGAACCCAGUUAUUUUUACAAAAGCAAAGACCCACGUCCCCAA